AUGGCGCACUUUAGGAUUGGAAUUUUAAUAGCAGUACUGAUAGUGAUCGUGUCUGCUGCACCACAGGGCGAUGAUGAUGAUACGCCUGUUGCCUGCAAAACUCCAACCGGCAAAAGCGGAACUUGUGUACAUUACUAUUUUUGUGAUCCUGGUUAUAAAGAUUUUGAUAUCGAUCUCGACUGGAGACAAUGUGCCGACUACCUCGAUAUAUGCUGUCCUGGAGAAUUUUUAAAGGAUUAUAAUUUGAUCCGAAUA